AUGGACUGUAGAAAACGAGCCUUCGAGGCCGUGAAUGCAGUUGCGCGUGGCGUUGACAAAGGCGAGCUGCUGUCUUUUCUGCGCAAGGUGCCAAAUGAGGAGCUCGCUACGUGGCCUAUCGAGGGCCAAGACAAUGAGACCAUCUAUGGAUUCGUCCGUGCGGAGGCCCGAGGCUCGCUGCCGGCUGCUGCUGGUGUGAGCACCGUCGUGGUGCCAGACGCAGACCACCCGUGUGACCAGCAGGGCGGGCUGCACCUGGCCUGGGUUGGCAUUCCGCUCAUGGUGCUGGCGCUGGUGGUCGAUCAUGGCGUCAGCAUCGUGGAUGAAAUAAAGCAAUGCACAAAGACAUUUCUUGAACGCAACGAUGUCGCCCUGGCGACAGUGUACCACGGUGUGCGUGGUGUCGGGCUUGUGGCCAGUGUUGGCCUGGGCGUGGUUGCAGUGGUUCACUCUUGCGUUAAGCGCCUGAAGGUGCAGCCUGGCUGGCCCCACGUGUCGCGGCUGAAGUGCCCCAAGCAGCAACUUGAUCUGGCCCCUGCAUCUGCGGGGGGCAUGCUGCCGGUGAGGAACAUAGAGGGGCGAUUGGGCAGUGCAGGGUGCGUCAGUUGUUCACCAGCACCAGCAGGUGGAGGCACAUGGAUGCGGCUGGAAUUCGAGAAGCUUGCGAUGUCCUCUCUUAACAAGAUUCAAGCGACUCUGACGAACCUCCAGCUAUCUGUCCCCAUAGUCACGGUCACUCCGUCAUCCUGCUCAUCGACACAACACAAGCAGAUAGAGGAGGCGGUGGGCGUGCGGUUCAACUACGUCACAGCUGCUCAGGCACUGUGCUGCUGUCCAUUUGCGAAGCCCUGGUCUCCCGUGAAGCUGUCCAGGUUCAGCUGGGGAAGGGCCGGCGUGGUGGUCCUCCCCGUGCAGGCCAUCGAGUGGCUGGCGGGUGGGGUCCUCUGCGGCGACAUCAACAUCGUAAUCAAGACAUCCAAGACGGACUACAUCUUCAUCCCUGAGGCAGCCUGGAAGGAUUGCCAGGAGCAGUUCGGUGCAGAGCUGUUUGAAGGGUGUAAGCUGCACGUCACGUCAGGCACGGAGCUGUUUGAAGGGUGUAAGCUGCGCAUCACGUCGGGCACGACGACUGGUGCACUGCUGUCCAUGAUUGACUCAGUCAUUGCACUGUACGAGGCCAAGACCGAGAAGGCCCUGAAGGACGGCCUGCCGAGUGUGCGUGCCCAGGCGCUGCUCGAGUAUUUGGCGAUCAACCAGAUGAAGGACUGGCCGACUGACGACAUGAUCGCGCUGUUCGGUGACCUCAACCGACACUUUGUGGUGCACGCCGGCCGCAAGGAUGCAGACACACCAAAGAGAUCCAUUCAUGUGGUGGGGCCGGCCCCACUUCCCGCUGUGCUGGAGGAGUCCCCCUCUACAGCGGCGGACAGGAGCCCUCUGAGCAUGAUGUUUGGGUUCAUACAGGCUCUGCUGGAGACAAGCCGGACUGAAGAGGCCAGCAGUACCGGUGGAGGUUUGGGGCGAGGGGCCACCGGGAACGAUGAGGGAGGUUCUGGCAGCGGCAGGCAAGGCGCCACCAACAGCCGCAGGGAAGGGGCCCACGGUAGCGGGGGAGGCGCCAGCGGCAGUGGAGGCAGGGGGGCUGGCAGUGACAGCGGCCAUAGUGAUGCCGCCGACAACUGGGGGGGGGCUGGCAGCGGCAGGAGGCACGGAAGGUCUGGCAGCAGCGGUGCUGACAGCUCAGGCGGCUCGGUUGGCGGAGAGAGCUUUGACGGGGAUGAGGGGAUUCUGGAGGCGGCGCGGGACAACACGAGCGUGCAGGCCUUCAUGUCGCUCCUGCAGCUGCCCGAGGUGUACGAGCCACUGGGGUUCAAGGAGCCGCCCAAGUCCUUCCGACCCCCGACGAAGGAGGAGUUGCUGGCCAGGUUCCGGCCUUUUGAGGUCAUCCAUACCACAGCACUACCGCAGCCUCUGCCGCAUGCACUGCUGGUGGUGACAAGGUGCUCCCCGGCAGCACGGGGCAUCACUAAGCCGUGCUGUCCUGCCGUCGCAUCCUUCCACCACCGCUGGGGUGGGCAUGAACAGCAGGGGCUUGGUACCAUCGAGCUGGGCCACUGGGUGUGGCGCUGGUGUGGCCGGACUCUGGCGGUGUGGGUGUGGCUAAGCCCCUCGCAUUGGCUUUGCCAGCGAUCCAGAAUCUGUAGAACAGCUGGCAUUAGCCCACAAAGCCCGUCUAAGCGGGUUCUGAGGUCCGGCAAGGAGUACCCUACGCCUUCGGCCGCUGCCCUUGAGGAGGCGGCAGCAGGCGACUCCAUGACGCGAUCCACUCAGAAAGAACCAUCUUUAGAUGAGAUUUACAAGCUGCUUCAGACCCAUGCUACACAGACCAAGGCGUCCUUCGACUCCUUGCAUAGCAAGACAGAUGCGCUGGCUGCUUGUGUUGACUCGCUGGAAAAGAAUAUUCCGGAAAUAAUUACCAAAAAGGUGGAGACCGAAAUGAAGCAGUUCGAAGUUCGGGCCGCGCAGUUCAUCAUCGAAACUGUGCAGUCUCAGCUCGCGGGGGCCCCUACGUUUGCGACCGACUGCACCGGGUCUAAACAGCGUAGGAACUUGACCGGCAAAUCUGCCUACUACGAUUCCGGCUCCCUGAUCGCGUUUGGCGUCCUGGCUCUCGCGACCGCUAAGCAAGCAGCGGAAGCCAUCACCCAAGUCGUCUCCGAUGCCAGUGGAGGAAGCCUCCAGGCCUCCUUCCUCAGCGUCGAAGUACGCACUGAGAAGCCACGACCCAACCAGGCGGCCCCAACAUACAACAUCACCAUCGGCGUCACCCCCCGUGUCCGUGGUAUGCUUUUCCGACACAGCCAGGCCCUUAAGGCCAUCGGCAUCACCUUCCGGGAUGACCUCACCCCGGCAGGUCGUCAGCUCAAGCAGGCUCGGAACGCGCAGUUCCUGCGGCUGCGUGACGAGGGCCGCAAACCCAAGUGGCUGGGCCCGUACAUCGAGUACCAGCGCACCGACGGCAUGUACUACAUGGUCUCCAAAAUCUGUAGAACAGCUGGCAUUAGCCCACAAAGCCCGUCUAAGCGGGUUCUGAGGUCCGGCAAGGAGUACCCUACGCCUUCGGCCGCUGCCCUUGAGGAGGCGGCAGCAGGCGACUCCAUGACGCGAUCCACUCAGAAAGAACCAUCUUUAGAUGAGAUUUACAAGCUGCUUCAGACCCAUGCUACACAGACCAAGGCGUCCUUCGACUCCUUGCAUAGCAAGACAGAUGCGCUGGCUGCUUGUGUUGACUCGCUGGAAAAGAAUAUUCCGGAAAUAAUUACCAAAAAGGUGGAGACCGAAAUGAAGCAGUUCGAAGUUCGGGCCGCGCAGUUCAUCAUCGAAACUGUGCAGUCUCAGCUCGCGGGGGCCCCUACGUUUGCGACCGACUGCACCGGGUCUAAACAGCGUAGGAACUUGACCGGCAAAUCUGCCUACUACGAUUCCGGCUCCCUGAUCGCGUUUGGCGUCCUGGCUCUCGCGACCGCUAAGCAAGCAGCGGAAGCCAUCACCCAAGUCGUCUCCGAUGCCAGUGGAGGAAGCCUCCAGGCCUCCUUCCUCAGCGUCGAAGUACGCACUGAGAAGCCACGACCCAACCAGGCGGCCCCAACAUACAACAUCACCAUCGGCGUCACCCCCCGUGUCCGUGGUAUGCUUUUCCGACACAGCCAGGCCCUUAAGGCCAUCGGCAUCACCUUCCGGGAUGACCUCACCCCGGCAGGUCGUCAGCUCAAGCAGGCUCGGAACGCGCAGUUCCUGCGGCUGCGUGACGAGGGCCGCAAACCCAAGUGGCUGGGCCCGUACAUCGAGUACCAGCGCACCGACGGCAUGUACUACAUGGUCUCCAAGUACGACGUGUCCGACGUUCCGCCCCCCCCGCCCCAGCCCCCGGCCGGGAACGGGGCUGCGGCGGGCACAAGCGAUGGACGCGUGACCACAGAGGGUGCUGGCGAGGGGAGCGCCACCUAG